UGCCACCAGAGGAUACCCUCCUGUACCACCUUGCCACCCGAGAGUACCCUCCUGUACCACCCUGCCACCGGAGAGUACCCUCCUGUACCACCCUGCCACCGGAGAGUACCCUCCUGUACCACCCUGCCACCAGAUAGUACCCUCUUGUACCACCCUGCCACCGGAGAGUAUCCUCCUGUACAUGUACCACCUUGCCACCGGAGGGUACCCUCCUGUACCACCCUGCCACCGGAGAGAUACCCUCCUGUACCACCCUGCCACCGGAGGGUACCCUCCUGUACCACCCUGCCACCGGAGGGUACCCUUCUGUACCACCCUGCCACCGGAGGGUACCCUCCUGUACCACCUUGCCACCGGAGGGUACCCUCCUGUACCACCUUGCCGCCGGAGGGUACCCUGCUGGUACCCUCCUGUACCACCCUGCCACCAGAGAGUACCCUCCUGUACCACCCUGCCACCGGAGGGUACCCUCCAGUACCACCUUGCCACUGGAGGGUACCCUCCUGUACCACCCUGCCACCGGAGGGUACCCUCCAGUACCACCCUGCCACCGGAGGGUACCCUCCUGUACCACCUUGCCACCGGAGGGUACCCUCCUGUACCACCUUGCCACCG